AUGUACACCCAUCAUGACAUCGAACAAGCGCUCGUGGGCUCCUGGUCCCUCCUCGAGUACUUCUCCGACCCCUACGACGGCAAGGGCCCCUCCCUGCAUCCCAUGGGACCCGACGCACGAGGGAUCCUCACCUACCACCCGGACGGGUGCAUGUCCGUGCACCUCAUGCCCGCGACCAACAAGCAGAGGCAGAAGAAGCAAUCCCGCACGACGCUCAACGACGGCUUCAUGUACACCGGUGAAUACUGGGUGGAGCUGCACGAGCUGGACACAAACAGCAGCUUCGUCGUCUGCCAUCGAGCCGAGAUGGCUUCCUUGCUGCAACUAGAGGGCAAGGUGCAGAGGCGGCAGGUCACGCUGCCGAGCCGGAAUCGGCUGGUGUUGUCGUUUGUGGGCUUCGAGGAUCUUGAUUAA